UUGUCAAUCAGAGUCGCGCUCAAGGCACCGCCCAAAGCCGGGCUACUUCGCCCUUUUACGUCACUUCCUGCGAAGCCCCUGCGUAGUUGAUAAGGAAACCCGGACGCCGGCGCCGCUCUCUUUUUUUCAAGCGGCCGGGAACAUGGCGGACAUUCAGACCGAGCGUGCCUACCAAAAGCAGCCGACAAUCUUCCAAAACAAGAAGAGGGUUCUGCUUGGAGAAACCGGCAAGGAGAAGCUCCCGCGUUACUACAAGAACAUUGGUCUGGGUUUUAAGACACCCAAGGAGGCCAUUGAGGGCACAUACAUUGACAAGAAAUGUCCCUUCACUGGUAACGUCUCCAUUCGAGGGCGGAUCCUGUCUGGCGUGGUGACCAAGAUGAAGAUGCAGAGGACCAUUGUCAUCCGCCGGGACUACCUCCACUACAUCCGCAAGUAUAACCGCUUCGAGAAGCGCCACAAGAACAUGUCCGUGCACCUGUCCCCCUGCUUCAGGGAUGUCCAGAUCGGCGACAUCGUCACGGUGGGCGAGUGCCGGCCCCUGAGCAAAACUGUGCGCUUCAACGUGCUCAAGGUCACCAAGGCUGCUGGCACCAAGAAGCAGUUCCAAAAGUUCUGAUCCUGGAUGCUGCCCGUCCCCAGCUCUGUAGAAAUAAAGUUAUUUUCCCACCCACA